AUAAUGUCAUCAUUAAAUUGUCAAUGUCUUAAGUGAAUUUUAUUUAGUUUACAAAAUAUUCCAUUUAAGUAGUGGAUUUUUGGGACUACUAAUUUUCCUUGUAAAGAAUUUAACCCUUUAAUAAUGGCCGCUAUGAUAACCUCUUGGAAUCCAGAGAAAAAACAUAGUGACGUUGAGAGGUGGAUAUGCAUAUAUCCCGCAUAUAUAAACAGCAAAAAGACUCUUGCUGAAGGUAGAAAACUUCCAAAAUCAAGCUGUGUCGAAAAUCCCACACAUCAAGAGAUACGAGAUGUGUUGCUAGCUGUUGGACUCCGUGUUGGUGUGGAGAACAAGUUGUAUCCGAGGGAGAGAAGUAAGGAAAUAUUAUACAGAGGCAGGAUUCGAGUUCAGAUUAAAAAUGAUGAUGGCACUCCAGUUAAAUCAGAGUUUGGUUCAAGGGAAUCUGUCAUGAAGUAUAUUGGGGAAUCUAUUCCUAAGCUUAAAACUCGUCAAAACAGACCUGCCGAUCAACAACCACAAUCUACACAGGCUAGCAAUAAGAAUAAAGGCAAGAAGGGGCGUCGAUGAACCAUGUUUUAAAUAAUAUAAAAUGUUUUUACUUUA